UCUUCUUCUCGUGGCCAAGUCUGAAAAAACUUGAGCCAUCCGGAAUGGCAGAUUUUCAUCUUACUCAGACCGUGGCGGACGCUUUCAACGCGCUUGCGGACGAGGUUCAGGUUCUGACAGACCGAAAGACUAUACUGGAGCAUAAGCUGCGUUUUGCCCACGAGCAGUUCCAGUAUUUGGCCGAUAAAUAUGCGCCCGCUACACCAGAGAUAGCAGAGACUUUGGCGAAGCUCCAGCUCCCAGUCCACACCUCUGUCGAUGAUACUUCGCCCGUGCCCCUUCCUAGGCAAAGCACUCUGCAGUCCCAGCACCAGAUUGCUCUCAUCAUUCGUGACGGACGCCGUGCUGCAAACAAGCUGGUUGCUUCAUUAGGUGAAGCCAGUAAAACCACAGCAUCAUCCAGAGAUACGCUAUCCCAAACCUCCCACGUAGAAACCUCCAUGUCGACUGCUUUGGAACAAGAUUUUACCGUUGAGGGGAAGAAAGGCAAUUUGCAGUGUCCCUUUGCUAAGGAUGCCGCUGCUCUUGCCGACCAAGACCGGGAGCCCGAAACCGGCCCGGACUUGGCCCCAGAUCGCUCUGAAGACCCUAUUUGUGUUGCCAUGUACGAAGAGACGUCUCAGCACGACGCCGUAAAUCAGGCGAGCAAAUGCCCUAUCCGAUUCUUAGACAAGCACUCCCCAGAGGAGAUUGCUCACUAUGUUGAAACUCACAAGCACGAGCUGCCUCGCAGCCACGAGGUCUGCGUGCGAAGAUAUCAACGCAGCGAAGAGCAGAUUAGGAAAUUGGAUGCAAAGUAUGGAAACAUUGUGAGCAUGAUUGAAGACCUGAGCCAACUCCACAAGCCGAUGCUGCCUGACGAGGAGCACGCUCGCCGCCCCAGCAAUGCCACGAGAACUUCAGCAGACCGAGUAGAGAGUUGGGCGCACGCCGUCAGCUCAAGCACGGACCCAGAUGCCCCUGCUGAGCCGCCAGCCGAUAUGGAUCAUGACCGACAAAGUCAUUUCGACCGACCACUGAAGGAGGUUCGAGUAGGGGAAUCACCAAGCCGUCCCUGGGGCAUCUCUGUGCCAGUCUAUGAACAAUCUGGCAAUGGUGAUGGCCAUCCUAUGUCGCCGCCUCCUGCGCCCGUGCGAAUGCCGAGUCCUGUACAGAGCACCCAGACUCCGGCGAAGCCAGCUGGGAAAUGCCCCUUUGGCCAUACGGCAAAGCCACCUGCUUUUACUGGGCUGAACAUAUCGACCUUGCCUGAUCCUCAGACUCAGAAUGUCCCUAUCUCGAAGGCCCAAGAUUCGGCGCCUUUCACUCCGACUAAAGUGCCCCACGAGCAUCAUCCUGUCCACGAGCAUCACUCUUCUAUUCCUCAGCCUACUUUUAUUAAUCCGGAUGUGUCGAAAGGGAUGAACGGUCCCCAGAUGGUUUUCACUGGCCCUGUCUUUAUUGGAUAUCCAAUGGAGCAGGCCAUUCAAUUCAUGAAUCAGUACCAACGGCGUUGAAAACCGAUUAUCGCCGUGCCCUCAUUCUCGAUCUUGCUCCGCUCUAUCCAUUACAAUUUUAUUCAGCGACCCUAUUCGCAGAUUAUAAACUCUGCGUUACUUUUUUUUACACAUUUCUAGUCUAUUGGGUCGGUUCUCUACAGCGGCGGCGUUUUGGAUUUUUUUUUCUUGUUCUUUUUCUGAUAAAAGCAGAAAUGGCAUAACCUAGUGGCCAUUCAGGGGCUUUUUGUCUAAGUGCUGGAUGACUAUUG